AUGGAAGUAUCUAAAGAGCAUUUGAGGCAUAUAAUGCGUUAUGAGUUUAAAAAAAGGAACUCUGCAGCCAAAACGACUCGAAAUAUUCACUCAGCUUAUGGAGAAGAAUGCCUGAAUGAAAAAACUUGCAGAAGAUGGUUUGCAAAAUUCAGAAGUGGAAAUUUCAGCCUUGAAGAUGAAGACCGAACAGGACGUCCAGUUGAGUUUGAUGAUAUGCUCCUUGUGGCAUUACUUGAAGAAAAUCCUGCCGUAUCAGUUGAAGAAUUGGCUAUGAAGCUUGGUUCAAACCAUACAAUUGUUCAUCGUCAUCUUCAACAACGUGGAAAGGUUCCUAAACUUGGAAAAUGGGUGCCACAUGAAUUGUCUGAAGUGAACCGCAAAUCGCGAGUUGAGAUCUGCUCUUCUCUUCAUUCUCGUGACCUUAUCUCGCCCUUUUUGGAUAGAUUUGGGACUGGUGAUGAAAAAUUGAUUUUUUAUAAAAAUGUUAAACGUCGUAGGCAGUGGCUUAGUAAUGGGGAAAAGGCCCAACCACAACCGAAAAUGGAACUUCAUGCGAAGAAGGUUCUUCUCUCUAUCUGGUGGAAUUGCAAAGGAAUUAUUCACUUUGAGUAG